AUGGAGAGGCUCGUCUUUGUUUCAUGCAUUCUAACCACAUGUCUUGCGUUGGCAAGCUGUGCACGAGUCGUAGAUCCAGCUGCCCAUGCACCAGCAAUGUCCAUGGCAAUGUCACCAAGAACAUCCUCUUCUUCAUCAUCAGGCACGCCUCCAGGCACGGAUGAGUGUUCGGACAUCAUAUUCGGCAUGGCGGAUUGCGUGCCGUUUAUGACCGACGGGUCGAAAGACAUGAGGCCAGACGGCUCGUGCUGCCCGGGGUUGGAGAUGGUGCUGAAAGCUAGCGAUGACUGCAUAUGUGAAGCCAUAGAGAGCUGCACUGAUUUAGGCAUCCCUUUGAAUAUGACUAAGGCUAUGACUUUGCCUGCUGCUUGUGGCAUCUCUGCUCCUAAUUCUUUUAGUCAAUGUGGCAUUCCCUUGCCUCCUGGUGUUUCUGUGAAACCAACUCCAAAUUCAUCACCAAAGAGUCCAUCUCCAAAGAGGGCAAUGGCAAGUUCCGACGAUGUAGUUCCAGCACCCUCCUCCUUCACAGCUCCAACGCGGUCUCCAAACUCCGGAACUUAUUCUACAUCUACCUCACUUGUGCUUAUACUUAGCAUGCUUUAUGCUUCAUUCUACUGUGUUUCAUUUUAGGCAGAAGGUUGUUCAUAGUUGUUUCUUUUUGUUUCUAUCCUCAUGGCUACUAAUCUUUUUUACUUUUUUUUGGUCGAACAUGGCUACUAAUUUUAGUAUGAUUGUUUUUAGCUGGACUAGAUAAUGCUUUGUUUAACUUGGGUUAAGUAGGUUUUGAUUUCUAAUAAUUUCGUUUUUUCUUUUUGCAUGGAUGAGUUGGCCUCCAUCCUUUUUCUUGAGAUAAGCUCUAUCAGAAUUGUUGGAUGUAAGCAACAAUGAUCGCAACAGAGGAAGUAAGGAAUUGGAUCAAUCCCAUUCCU